AUGAGCUCGAAUGGACCUGAGGCGUUUGCAAACCGCGACACGCCCAUUCCAGUUGUGCAGAUACACCCAGCAGAGGAUGGAACGCCAACUGCGUCUGGCCUACGCACGCCCAAUACUGAACAUGGGCCCUCACAUCGCCUUUCAGCGAGCAAACUCAAAGACAAGCUGGAGUCGCUGGGUGACAAUAUAAGCCGUGAACCUGGCAACAAGAUGGGGGACAAGAUGUUCAACCUACUGUUAUCCCAAGUUUUACCAAAAGAAGACCUGUCUGAUACCUCCCCCGAAGACGACCCCAAUACGCCACGCAUCAAGGACCGCCGCAGCCGGACCUACGUCGACCGCCCCAACUUCUCCAUCCCCACCAUGUCCUCCAACUUCCGCCGCUUCAACGCCCGCAUAGGCGUGGCUUUCAUCUUCCAAAACCGCCUCAUCCGCCUCUUUACCUGGAAGCAGCCUACGCAGACGCUCUCCUUUUUGCUAGUCUGGACCUUUGUAUGUGUGGACCCGUAUCUGCUACCCGUGCUACCACUGGCAAGCGCCAUGUUCUUCGUCAUGGUGCCUGCGUACCUAGCACGCCAUCCAGAGCCCGAGGGCGCUGUAGACGGCUACCGAGGCAACCUUGGCGGGCCACCACUGGCAGAUGCAAAGACGAUCAAGCCCGCGCCCGAGUUCUCCAAGGACUUCUUCCGCAACAUGCGCGACCUGCAAAACUGCAUGGAAGACUUUUCCCGCGGCCACGACGCUGUCCUGUCCGUCAUCACGCCCCUGACAAACUUCUCAAACGAAAACCUCAGUUCCAUGAUCUACCUCCUUCUCCUCAUCGUCUCCUGCUCGCUAUUCAUCAGCGCACACCUCCUGCCCUGGCGCCUCAUAUUCCUCUUAAUAGGGUACACGCUCACUGCGCUCGGACACCCCACCAUCCAAGACUUGCUAUCGACGCCCGAGACGGAGAAGUUCGUCUCAGACACGGAACACGAAGGCCGCUCGCUGCUCCUCUCCCUCUCCAAAGCCGACAUUGAACUCGAAACCUCGCAGGAAACACGCGAGGUGGAAAUCUUCGAACUGCAGCACCGCGCCCUGCACGACCAGGACGGCGAAUACGAAGGCUUCAUCUUCUCCCCGUCGCCCUAUGCCCCGCUGUCCCCCGCACGCAUCUCAGGCGACCGUCCCAGGGGCACGCCUUUCUUCGAGGACGUCCUACCCCCGCGCGGCUGGCGCUGGAGCGAUAAGAAGUGGGCGCUCGAUCUGCUGAGUAGGGAGUGGGUCGAGGACCGGUGUGUGACGGCCGUCGAAGUGGAGAUUGAGGGCGAGAGAUGGGUCACAGAUUUGCAUUACGAGGUGCUCGAGAGCGAGGGCGAGAAGGAGCGGAAGCGCGAGAAACUGAGGAAGAGGGUGAGUUCAAAGGGUAGCAAGGAUAUUGGGGAGCAGGAGAAGGAGGUGUUGAGGCGGACGUGGGAGAGUCAUGCGCCUAGUCGGAAGGGCGAGUGGAGACGUAGGAGAUGGAUCAGGGCGGUGGAGAGGAUGCCUUUUCGUAGUACUGAUUAA